ACCCUGUAUAUACAUAAAUAAAGAUUUAUCAUUGAUUAAACAAGAUGUGAAAUCUAUCAGUAAACUUGUUUCUCGCUGUUCCGUAUAGUUAUAGAUAUACUAAACAUGUAAUUUCUUAUAUUUUUUUCUCUAUUCCUUAUCACUCUUUAUGAUUGGAACAGCACGGAACGUGAAAUGUGAAACGAUACAUGCAUCCACGCAUGUAUUAUGUUUGCAUGCAUAUAUAUACAUGCAUACAUACACAUAUACAUAAAAUUUAAUUACUAUUAAUAGUUAUUUCAAUAGUGUGAAGAAUAAUCUCUACGUUCGAAACAAAAUGGAACGUGGAACGCGAGCAUGUGGUCGCGCGCGUAUUAUGACCAUCAUUACUUAACUAUGUCCGAUUUCAACCAUCAUGCUCGCUUUCUAUGAACGCGCCAAAAUACUGGGAGCAGAACACAUGAUUGAUCGGCCAUUAUUAUUCCACCUGUCAAAGAGAAAGAGCAUAAUGGCGCCGAGGGUGAAUGAUUAUCCCAAUUUUGAAAUCGCCAAGAGGAUGGCGAAUAUUUUUCUCGAAGACGAUGAUGAGCCGGUCAUUUCUGAUCGGGAGUUGGAUGGGCUGCUAAUUUGGAACCUCUUGUAUCGGGUUCGAUUGAUUCGUUUCGAAGAGGUGUACUCGUGGUUUAUGCCCGACUUCCCUGGUUUCACACUCAGCGUACUCUAUGAGAGAGCUCUCUCGUUGUGUCAACCAGGAAAGGAAGACAUCAUCACCGAUGCCAUACUUGCUGCGAGGGAGGAGGAGGAUGUAACUGAAGAUUUUAUCCUCACAGCGAUAAAUCAGUUAUUGUUUUUCAUGCUAGCUCCUGGGGACAUUCGAAGGCCACCAUUGAAUGUGAGGCCUGAUCCAAAUUCGGAUGAUAUAGAUCAUCCACUCUACAUUCAGUGGUGUGUCGAGAAUCACCAGGAGUUAGUGUAAAGCUAGUACUUUACACUAACUAUAAAGUUUUGUACUUUUAUAUUUUUGUAAAAAAUAAAAAAUAUUUAUUUA